AUGGAGGCGGCGCUGAUUUCGCAUCAUCCCUGCCCCGAAAGCCGACGCUUGACGAACCGCUCUUCACGCACAGAUGUUUCCGCUGAGCAGCUUUGGAGCAGCACAUGUCAGCGGUUGCUUCUGCAGCUGCAGCAGCUGCAGUCGUUGGCCAGGCCAACAGCUGGCAACCUGACCUUACCCUCGGACAUCCAGAGAUUGACGAGCGAAAUGCUGGACGGUUUGGUUCAAGCCAGAGAUGGGUGCGGAGAUUCUUCAGCCAGCAAGUAUCUGGCUUUGGGAAGCCGUGACGUGUCGGAGUCGUUGGGUACGGCAAAGCGGCGCUGUGAGAACCUGAAUCGCGAACUUGUGAGGCAGGCACAAAGCCAUGAGGAACUUGUCGGAGGAGUCGCUGCCGUCAAGGAUGCAAACAAGCGUCUACUGGAACAGACGCAGUUCCAGAGAGAUGAGCUGGAGACCAUCGCACAGCAAGGUGUUGCAGACGAACAGCGACUGCAAAUCUCUGCUGCAAAGCAUGCGAACGACUACAGCUCCUGCCAGACUGAAUCAAGCCGGCACCUGGCGGCAGCCCGCUCCAUGGCCAGCCACCGGCUGGCAGCCGCCAGGUUGAAGGCAGCCGACAAGCUCAGGCACUGGCGCAUCCAUGCCCAGAUGAGCGCACAGGAGGCAUCCUCCCUCCGAGCAGAGGCGAUGACGCUCAGGAACGAUGUGCAGGCCUUGCAGGGUGAGCUCAAGGUCCAGUUUGACGACAUGGCCCCCCGCGUCCUUUCCCACCGUGGCUUUGCAGAGGCUUCUGCACGCCUUUCCAAAGCAGAACAGGCGGUGCAGGCCCUUACAGCCAGUCUAAAGCAUGAGAAGGAGAGCCGCAGUUUGGAGAAUACGACGGCAAGUCACAGGCAAGGGUGCAUGUCUUCCGAGAUUGCCAUCCUACAGGGGCGCUUGGGACGUGAUCUCAGCCAGCUCGUUUCGCAAUCCCAGGCGAUGGAGCGGAGCACCCUGGCGGACAUCGAGGCUCGGAGCGAGGAGACGGAGAUGCUGAAGAGGCGGCUCGAAGAAGAGUCCAAGGUGCAUGCCAGAGGCAAAGAGGACUUGGCCGCACUUCUCGACAAGCAGGCUGAGCUGCAAAUGAAGCUGGUGUCGACAGAGCAAGAGCUGCUGGCAAGGCAGCAGGAGGAAGUCCAACUCAGAUGCGCAGCCCAGCAGACGGAUGCGACGCUCGCGGCUGCAACAACUUGUGGCCGGCAUUUGCAGCAGCAGAUUGAAGAGCAGACGGAGGCACUGCAACUCCGCAACGAGGCAGAGGUGGCCUGGUGUCGUGGAGUUUUGGACGGCUCCGCCAGCAAGGAGGCUGCUCUUCGGGAUGGGAAGGCGGAAGACGCUCGAAGUAGAGCUCAGGCUUGGGAGCUCAAGGUCCGAGAAGAGGAGGAGGUGCUGCAGGGCCUUGACGCACAAAAUCUGGAGGCGGCAAGAGAGUGCGAAGAACUUGCUCGCGAGGUUUCUGACUUGCGGGCGCAGCAGGCUGCAGUGCAGGAACAGCGCCGCCGGCAGGAGGAUCGGCUUGCGGAUGACCGCCGUGAAGCGGUCCUGGAACAUGCCAAGCUACAGGCUGCAUGCGAACAGCUCGUGGCACAGAUCGGCGUGCUUGAGGCGGAGUUGCAGAGGUCUGAGGAGGGCAACCUGCAAAGGCGCCGCGCGGCAACCGAUGCAGAGGUCCGCACAGCGGCGCGCACGAGUUCCGCAGACAGCGAGCUGAAUGCGGCGAAGGCUGAGCUUGCGGACCUGAAGAAGCGGUGGCGGCAGGCCGUCGAACUUCGAAGCAAAAUGCUGGCAGAGGUCGGUAGUCUCAAGCAGCAGAUGGGCAAGCUGGAGGCACAGAGGGAACCUUGGGCCACGUGCAUAAAGCAGCCAGGAGCCAGGAAACACAAAUGUACGUGA